UGCAAGAAAAGCUGCAAAUCCACAGGAAUUACGGCGAUAUUGAGUGAAAAAGUGCGUUGUAUUUGUUUGUGAAUCGAUUCUGUUGCCUCCUGAGUAGUGAUUUGUGGUGGAAUUGUGGUUGAAGCGGCUGAAAGUUGUGUGGUGUAUUUUGUGCGCCUCCAUUUCCCAAGAGGAGCAGCAAAGUCUUCUGGCGUUUCCUCGCCGCAUCGGCCGCCCGCUGGAUCACCGUGCAAGCCACCGUUUCGGCGUGAGGACAUUUUCGCGGCAUCGACAGUAGUGUUGGCGGUCCAGUGCUGAACGCCGGACCAUCCCUUGGGAGAGCACCACCGCUGGCCAGGACUGGAGCGCGUCUCUGCGUGAGUGUGUGUGUGAGUGAGUGUGGAGUAUCGGGUGGCGGAGGAGAGGAGAACAGAGGAGACGCGCCAUUCCGCACUUGGCAGAGACACACGCGUGGAGCCAUAUUUUCCCUCAGCCGCACUUCAUUGAUCGGCCAGUUUGACGAAUUAGCGGCAAUUGCAAUUAUUUUUCGUGAAGAAGAGAGAUACCAAGGAGCGAAAUGAUAUUGCUGUUGCUAAAGACACAAAAAGCAGCAGAAUGAGGGGUACAGCUCGUCGGAAAUAACCCCUCCUAGUUGAUGAUAAUCCAACAGUUGUAAAAUUGCAGAAAGUUUGCAAUCUUAAAGUUGGGGGAAUUCAAAUCAGUCAAAUUUGUGAAGUGGUUUUGAUUCCUGACUUUGUUGUGUCUGUCGUCAUUGCACCACAAUUCCUUGGCACAGACACACAGGAGAGCAUCAUAAAGGGAAGCGUGAGGAGAUCGUGAAGUAAAGGAGAGUGACUUGUGUGUUUGUUCAUUCGCAGAAGGAGUGAGUGACGAAGGGAGGUAAAGUUGAGAAAACUCUCCCUUAAAGUGUGUUUAUUUUGUGACUGUGAAAUACUUUUUUUCCAUCCCCUAUUUUUCCACUCAUCCGCAAACAUCUAAGUUGUUCUGACUGUGUGUGUUUGUGUGCGGUUAAGCAGACGCGACCCUCAAGGAUAAGUUGGGAAGAGGGAAGAGAUUAACUAUAUAAAUGUGAAUUUGUAUGACAAUCAACAAUAGGCAUAGUGUAAUUUAUUAUUGCUCGAGAAAGUGUGGAGAAGAGAAAACAGCUGUUUUUACGUAAAAUCCAACAAACUGCUUCACACACACAUAAGAUAAGAUCCUUUUGGUAGUGAUGGAGAAACAAAUGAUGUUGCCAAAACGUCCACGAAUUGAUGUUCGUGGUCCAAUUGCUAAUGGACCGAUGCAGCCCAGACCUCUCGUGGCUCUACUGGAUGGUAGAGAUUGCUCCAUUGAAAUGCCAAUUCUCAAGGAUGUGGCCACUGUCGCAUUUUGCGAUGCACAGAGCACAACGGAAAUACAUGAAAAGGUGUUGAAUGAGGCCGUGGGUGCUCUCAUGUGGCACACAAUCAUCCUGACAAAGGAGGAUUUGGAAAAGUUCAAAGCACUCCGGAUUAUUGUGCGCAUCGGAAGCGGUGUGGACAAUAUUGACGUGAAGGCGGCCGGUGAAUUGGGGAUUGCUGUGUGCAAUGUUCCCGGUUAUGGUGUUGAAGAAGUGGCAGACACGACACUCUGUCUCAUAUUGAAUCUGUACCGAAGAACGUAUUGGCUGGCAAAUAUGGUGCGAGAGGGUAAAAAGUUCACUGGACCAGAACAAGUUAGGGAAGCUGCCACGGGAUGCGCUAGGAUCAGAGGAGAUACACUGGGCAUUGUUGGUCUGGGCAGAAUUGGCAGUGCAGUGGCUUUACGUGCAAAAGGAUUUGGCUUCAAUGUCAUUUUCUAUGAUCCAUAUCUUCCCGAUGGCAUUGAGAAGUCACUUGGCUUGACCCGAGUUUACACCCUGCAAGACUUACUUUUCCAAUCGGAUUGUGUCUCACUCCAUUGCACAUUGAACGAGCACAAUCACCAUUUAAUCAAUGAAUUCACCAUCAAACAGAUGAGGCCAGGUGCAUUUUUGGUGAAUACAGCACGAGGUGGUCUGGUGGAUGAUGAGGCGCUAGCGUCAGCCCUCAAACAAGGCAGAAUCCGAGCAGCUGCACUUGAUGUGCACGAAAAUGAGCCAUAUAACGUAUUCCAGGGUGUUCUCAAAGACGCUCCAAAUAUACUUUGUACGCCACAUGCCGCCUUUUACAGUGAAGCUUCCGCAUCUGAACUCAGAGAGAUGGCAGCCACGGAAAUUAGGAGAGCAAUAGUGGGCAAUAUUCCAGAGUGUCUUCGGAACUGUGUGAACAAGGAGUAUUUUAUGAGGGCCCCAUCGGCCGCCGCAGGCUACACUGAAGCAGGAAAAGUGUCGAUUAUUUGCUCCCCACGAUUGACAUGAGAAACAGUGCUGGGUUUAUUACGCUAAUAUAAAAGAGAAAAACCAUCGAAUUGAAUUCAAGAAGAGAAGAAGAAAACAAUGAGAAAGAAAUUAUUAGUUUUUAGUAAUAUUUUUUUGUUUUUUGUAUAAAACAAAUGAAAAAAAAGAAAAGAAAUGAGAGAGAUACGAAAGAGAAUAAGUUGUUCCAUUGUUGUUUUGAUACGUACAAAUUGCAAGGAAAGGAGAAGAAGAAAUUCAAGGAAUCUAAAAAAAAAGAAUUAUUUAAUGAAUUAAAAUUCUUGUGUACAAUCUGCAAAAGGAGAAAAGAAAAGAGUACGAAUUAUGAGAUGAUAAAAUUCAUGAUUUUUUGUGUCUUUCUUUCUUUUUUUUAAAUGAAAUCAAUCCACCACACGUUCAUACAUUACACUUUAUUCUUAUUAGUACGUAUAAUAUUUUAUUUGUAAUAUUAAUUUUUAAAUUCAAGUCUUGUUGAAGUCAAACUUACUUUUUUUCUAGUUAUUUCUACUUCAAAAAAAAAAAAAAGAAAAUGAAUUUUUUUCCCCCCAUGAAUUGAAUGAAAGGAGAAAAAAAGGCAAAAUGUCAUUCAGCUUUUGCGAUUGAAUAAUAUUAAUUUCUUUUUUCCACAAUUAAAUGAUCUUCAAUGAAAUUGAUGCAUUUGCAUCUUGAUAAAAAUGAUUUAAAUGAAGCAGAAGAAGAAAAUAUUGUAGAGGACGUUAAAUGUCCCACAAAUCCAGUAAGGAAGAAAAAAGGAUGCUUAUAGAGAGAGCAAGACGAAGUGAAAGUUGGGAGUAUAUUAUGUUGAGAGAGGAAGUAGUAAUGAUAAUGAAAAAUGUUCUUUUAAGACCGUGACGAAUGCUUAAAUAUUUGCAGAGAUGAUAAUGAGGAUGAGAGAACAUUGCACAGAGUGUUAAAAGAAUGUUUUCCAUUUGUUUUUCUGUUUAAUCACAUUACACAAGUAAUUUUUAGUUGCAGUACGAAAUGUAGAAUUUUCACAUUGAUCAGAUUGAUUGAUUGGUUUUGUUUUGUCAUAAAAAUUAUGUAAUUACUUUUUAAGGUGAAAGUAAACACUGGUAUAAUCUUUUUGUUCUGAUCAUUUCAAAUUAUCUGAUUUUGAGUAUUGUUAUUGUAAAUCAACUCUCCUCAAGAUUAAUGAAAUGAUAGAAGAAGAGUGAUGGUUUUUUCUAAAAACACAAAAGGAAUCUUUAGAUUGAGUAUUUUGCAUUCUUUUGAAAAGUUCCAUUGCAAAAAAAAUAUUCACCCAGAAAGAAAAAAAAACAGACAGAAAAUGCUCAAAAGAAAAAGAUGAAAAUAAUAAUGAAUAAAAAGGAAAGGAAAUAAUUUUUAUGACAAUUUUGUGAGCUCGUUGUGUUAAUUAUUUACAUACCAAAAAAAAAGAAUUAGACAGAUUUAGCUUUGACCUUAACUUUAUCCCAGUUUGAUUUACAAAAUGAACAAAAAAAUUGAUUUAUCUAAGAAAACAUGUGAUCACAACUUAAAGUGAAAUUAUAAAUAUAAUAACACAAUAGACAUCACUAAAUUGAUUUCAUCAUCCGCGUUUAUUUUCGCCUUAAAGUAUUAUGUAUUUUUUAAAAAUGAAAAGAAAUAAGGGUUAAUAAGAUGAAGUAAAAUCCUCCAAUAGACUUAUUUACACAUUUGAUUUAUAUAUAUUUGAUUUAAUUGAUAAAAAUGAAGAAAAAAAAACAAGAUGAAUGAAAUGAGAAAUGUUUUAAUUCUUAAAAUUUUUCGUUCAUUUGCAAAAGAGGGUAAAGAAAAAAAAGAUGAGAAAAAAAUAUAGAUGAAAAAAAAUACUAAUUGUAACCUGUAUUAAUUUUUGUACAAAACAAAAAAUUAAUCAUAGAGAAAAAUAAAAUUUUAAUAUAAAAGAAAUGUUGCUAAACAUGAAAUGGAUGAUUACAACUGUUUGAAUUGUUAAAUUAAUUACUGUGAAUUCCGUUUUUUUUUUGUUUUUUGCUGAGGCGGUCUCAAGACAUUUGUUUAUGGUUCCUUUUCAUGUCUCAACACUUUUUGCAAUUCAAAUUGUCUCUAUUGUUUUCAAAUUAGUUUGAUCUCGUGUCUCUGCCUUUAUUGCGACUUUUUUCUUUCCGUUUUUAUUUGUCGUUAUUGUCAAUUCGCAUAGAUGAUGGAAUCACUUUAGGGAAGCACAAAAGAUUGUAUUUUUUCUGUUUUUUUUGGAUAAAAUUGAGUUGUACAAAAACAUAUGAUGGAUUACCACAGAAGAAGAAACAAACAAACAAAAAAGAUGAAUUGGAAAAUUAAAUUAGAAGUAAAAUCUGUGAUAUUUCUUGAAGUGAAAAAAAAAUAGCGCACUAACGAGCUCACAGUGUGUAAGUAAAUGAUGAAUAAAAUUAUUAUCUAGAUUUAAGGUAAGAAAGGGAUUGAUAGAGAAGAAGUUAAGGAAAUAUUUUCUUGCAAUGUCUAUUUAUUGAUUGUGAUAAUAAUUCUUGUUGUGUGAUGUGGAGAAAAUUGUUUGUUGUUUUUGCAAGAGAAUAUUUUUUUUCGCAAUUUGUGGCUCUGGCCGUGGCCAAAAGAGUGCCGCCGGACGGCCAGGGCUGUAGAUGUGGGACCGAGAUGAGUGGCUGGAAUGAUAAGAAGAUGAGAAGUAAGUCCAG